ACAUCUCAUUCCACACGCAGCCACACGCAGGUGCACACUCAAAGCGUUUUGUGUUUUUUUUGGGGGACUAUGGCUUCCACCACCUCCGGUGAUGUUCUGCCCACGGGCUGCAGGAUCUUCACCUCCAUCCCCGACGUCUUCUUCAUCCCUGAAUUUGUGAUUGGCGGUCUGGUGUGGAUCCUGGUGGCGUCCACUCGCAUCUCGCCGGAGAACCCUCUGGGCUGGGUGAUGUUCGCCUCCAUCUUCUGCUUCGUCGUGACAACGCUCUGGUUCUUCAUCUUCCUCUGCGGCGCCAAUCAGAGCAGCGUCUGGCCCUCCCUGGAUGUGGGUUAUCAUUUUGUGGCUGUGGUUUUCUACCUCAGCGCCGCCGUGGAUUUGGCAUACAUCACCAUCCUGAAAGGGUCUUUAACGACUAUGCCACCUGAAAAUCUCAAAAUCUACCGACUGGAUAUUGCUGCAGUGGUCAUGUCCUACUUGGCCACUCUUCUCUACUUCCUCCACGCCAUUUUCUCCGCCAUGCGAUGGAAGACGUCCUAAAACAAAAACGAAAAGAACACCGACCCGAUCACAAAACCAAGAACGGGACGACCGAGAAGAGGAGGAACCAAACUGGAGCUGGAUGACCGCUGGCCUCAACACAGAACCACGUUGCUUUUGUUUUACUCUAAUGUCAAAUCGGUGAUUUUACUUUUGAACCAACGAGGCAAAACCUUAAGUGAAUGAAUGAGAAUUGAGCAGAAGACAAACGGGAUGAUCUGCGACUGAGGCCUGUACAAUAAUAAUUUACUCUUCAUCGGAGAUCAGAGAGAUUGAAACAGUUAGUCAGAAUAAAUGUGCCAUGAUUAAGACAGAGGCAUGAAAUUAACCAAUCGGAAGUCAGAUGUAAUCACAUAUUCAUGAGCAGGAAGUAUAUUUAAAGAUAUAUACACCUUUCCAAAAUUAAAAAAAAAAACACGGCGCCUUUUACUGUGCAGGUUAAUGAUCAAUGGCCCAAAAAGCUUUUCUUUUUAUAAACUUCAUGUAUUUCCACAGAUUUUUGUAGAUUUGGUGUAUGUCCACACUUUUUUAAAUAACAUGUUCACCGCUUCUGUGUCUUCAUGUAUCAGAGAUCAACAAUGAAAUCACACGUGUAAAUGAAAGAGACAUUAAAACAUGUCACUGGGUGUCAGUAAA